AUGGCGACGAUUCAAGACGACGACGAACGUCUGCUUGCGCGGAUAGGCUACAAGCAGGAGCUCAGACGAGAGUUCAACAAAUGGUCUACGGUCUCCUAUGCCAUAUCCAUUCUAGGCGUGCUAGGUUCAGUACCUGCUACGUUCGGCAGCCCUAUCAAUGCCGGAGGACCAGCAACCGCAGUAUGGGCAUGGUUCAUUGGGAGCGUUAUGGCCAUGUGCAUAGCUAGCUCGGUGGCUGAGUUGGUAUCCGCGUAUCCCACUGCGGGUGGCAUGUACUUUGUCACCAAACACGUCGUGCCGCCAGAGCACGUAGCCAUCUGGGCCUGGGUUAUCGGGUGGUGCAACUUGCUCGGUCAGGCGGCAGGUGUGGCCAGUGUGGCAUAUACCGUCUCGCAGAUGAUUCUUGCAGCCGCCGUCAUGAAUUCGUCUUACGUGGAUGGAACGUAUUCCUUCACACCGACCGCCUUGCAAACCGUACUACUCACCAUCUUGAUCCUAUGCGUAUUUGGCGUCAUCUGCUCGCUAACCACCAGAUGGUUGCACAGGAUUGUCAUAUGGUUUGCUCCAAUCAAUGUCAUUGCUUCGAUCAGCAUCUGUAUCGCUCUCUUGGUCUUGACGCCCGAAAAGCAGAGUGCUAAGUGGGUAUUCACGGAGGUCGACGAUGGUACAGGCUGGGGCAGCAAAGGCUUUUCUUUCCUCCUAGGAUUUUUGUCGGUUGCAUGGACGAUGACGGACUAUGAUGGGACAACACAUAUGUCGGAGGAAACCCACGAUGCAGCAAUUCGCGGCCCUGUGGCGAUUAGGGCGGCAGUCCUCGUGUCUGGAGUCGUCGGCUGGAUGUUGACCGUGACCUUCUGCUUCUGCAUGUCAGAUUUCGAAGGAAUCAUGAGUUCACCAACGGGGUUGCCAGUUGCACAGAUCUUCCUCAAUGCAGGAGGUCGGACCGGAGGCACCGUGAUGUGGUCUUUCGUCAUCCUAGUCCAGUUCUUCACCGGUUGCUCCGCCAUGCUCGCAAACGCAAGGAUGGCAUAUGCCUUUGCUCGCGAUGAGGCGAUUCCAUUCUCAGGGUUCUGGAGCAAGGUCAGCCGCCAUACGCAUACGCCCGUCAAUGCUGUUUGGCUUGUCGUCCUCUUCUGUAGCUGCCUUACCCUGAUUGGCAUCGGCAGCACAUUGACCAUCGUCUCCAUUUUCAACAUCACGGCCCCUGCACUAGAUCUUAGCUACAUUGCCGUCAUAAUUGCUCACCGGGUCUACGAGAACAGAGUCCAGUUCAUCGAAGGUCCAUAUAGUCUGGGGAAAUGGAGCAAGCCCAUCAACGCGAUCGCAGUCUCAUGGGUUAUCUUCAUCAGUAUAAUUCUAUUCCUCCCCACCAUCCACCCAGUUACGGCUGCCAACAUGAACUACGCCGUCUGCGUUGCUACUUUCAUUGCGCUAUUUAGCAUGUCGUGGUGGUUUAUGGGGGCAAAAGACAAGUACACCGGCCCACGCACGAAAGACCUCCUAGACAUGCUUCCAGCCGAGGACCCAGAAGAAAUACUCCGCGAUUACGCUUGAGCAGCAUCGAUACCAACCUGACUCAAUCUACAUCUAGACAUUGGCGGCAUUUUGCAUUCUCAUUAGCGUUAUACCAUACGAACGGCAUUUCGGGAGUUCAUCUUUCAGCUGGUCCUUUCAGCGAUUUUCGAUUUUCUUUUUGCAUGAAGAAGCAUAUAGAUCGAUGCGAAGGGAGGACAGCGCAAGCGAAUUAGCAACACAUCAUACAUAUUUUAGAGAAGAGAAGAUACCCUUAGGAGCAUAAGUACGAGCAUUUUCAAGAUCAUAUUUAUCUUAGCAUUUCGGAUAAAGAGAUCUAAUCGACUGGCUAUCUCGUUCAACCAUAUGAUUGCACAAGUCAUGUG